AGGAGGAGGGACUGAGGGGGGAGGGGGAGGGCAGACCCAGCCCCCAGCUCCCGAGUGGCUUCCUGUGUCUGUCUCAAAACCCCAGCACAUUCCUGCAGUUCUCCACACCAGCCCGGACUGCUCAGCCUGCCUGCCUGCCUGUCGCCGAGAGUUCUACCAUCACCAUGAGAACCUGGCUCUUCUUCCUCCUCUGCCUGGCCGGCAGGGCCUUGGCUGCCCCUCAACAGCAGGAAGCUCUGCCUGACGAGACAGAGGUGGUAGAGGAAACCGUGGCUGAGGUGACUGAGGUCCCCGUCGGAGCCAACCCUGUGCAGGUGGAAGUAGGAGAAUUCGAGGAUGGCGCUAAAGAAGCUGUGGAGGAGGUGGUGGCUGACAACCCCUGCCAGAACCACCACUGCAAACACGGCAAGGUGUGCGAGCUGGAUGAGAGCAACACCCCCAUGUGCGUGUGCCAGGACCCCACCAGCUGCCCGGCCCCCAUCGGCGAGUUCGAGAAGGUGUGCAGCAACGACAACAAGACCUUUGACUCCUCCUGCCACUUCUUUGCCACGAAAUGCACCCUGGAGGGCACCAAGAAGGGCCACAAGCUCCACCUGGACUACAUCGGGCCUUGCAAAUACAUCGCCCCCUGCCUGGACACGGAGCUGACCGAAUUCCCCCUGCGCAUGCGCGAUUGGCUCAAGAACGUGCUGGUCACUUUGUACGAGAGAGAUGAGGACAAUAACCUUCUGACCGAGAAGCAGAAGCUGCGGGUGAAGAAGAUUCACGAGAACGAGAAGCGCCUGGAGGCGGGGAGCACCCCGUGGAGCUGCUGGCCCGGGACUUCGAGAAGAACUACCACAUGUACAUCUUCCUGUGCACUGGCAAUUCGGCCAGCUGGACCCAGCACCCCAACGAUGGGUACCUGUCCCCACACCGAGCUGGCUCCGCUGCGGGCCCCCCUCAUCCCAUGGAGCACUGCACCACCCGCUCUUCCAGACCUGCGAUCUGGACAACGACAAGUACAUCGCGUUGGACGAGUGGGCGGGCUGCUUCGGCAUCAAGGAGCAGGAUGUCAACAAAGACCUGGUCAUCUGAGUCGGGCCCGCCUCCUCCUGCAGCCCUCCUGGAUUCUCUUUCUCUCUGAUGUCUCCCCUCUCCCCCAUUCCCCAGCCUCCCCCCCCCCCCCCCCCCACCUCCUUCCUAAGUUUUAACUGUUUGGAUGGUUCGGAGUUCGGCCUGGGGACAAGGUGCUAACAUAGAUGUCAAGGAACACGUUAAUGGUGCUAAAAACAAGCAAACAAACAACACGGAAAUGGCGACCCAAGUCAUGACCUCCGGCUUCGAGUUACUUCUCCAAGUCUACACUACACAUCAGCUGACUGGCAUCUUCCAGCUCUCUCUCUCUCUCUCUCUCUCUCUCUCUCUCCUCUCUCUCUCUCUCUCUCUCUCUCUCUCUCUCUGUCUCCUUAAAUCUCACUGAGUCAGACUCUGUUGUUCAUUUCAGGGAGUCACUCGCCUGGCACUCUUUCUAGGUAGUCUGGGAGUUGGACAACAAGGAAGGAACAGACACACAAGAGAGGCAAGAACGUUCUAGAACUAGAGGAGCAGUGGUGGGAGAGAUUCCUGCAAAGGAGGGGGUGGGUGGCUGCCUCCCAGAAUGGCAGAAAGCAAGUCCUGAUUCACCUGGAGGUGCCCUGAAAUUGCAGCACUCCUAGAAGCUGGGAUGUCGCCAUCUUGACUUUAGUAGAAGCUUCCAGAAGCCAUGGGGCUGAUGGCUCAGGGGUAUAGAUCCACACAUUCCCCCAUACACACCAGGGGUGGGGCUUCACCCCUUUUAUUUUGGGGGUGGGGGGGAGGAAGGGAGUCUCAGGCUUCUCCUCCAGGGCUCCAGGGGAGACUAGAAGAUUCUUUUAGGCAGGGAAGCCACAGGGCCAGAGCAAGACAUUCUCAGAAGGUUGUAAAACAGACACGUUGGAACAGGGCAAGCUGCAGGUGGUGUUUUUCUUUCUCUUUCCACAUCUGUCAGUCAGGUUUCUAGCAUGUUCCACCCUUUUCCCAUCUUCUGUGCAUUGGGAGACAUUUCGAAGGCGAUGGGCCGGUUGGAUCCCACAGGCUGAGAACAAGAGUUUCCUUCCAAGCAUUUCAUGAAGAAGCUGCUUCUCAUUAAUCACGCAAACUCACGCCCCGGCGUGCAGGGUUUGACAAUCUUUCUAAAUAAAAAAUAACGACUUAGAAACUGC